AAAACAUGCGCGACGCCUAACUGUAUGCGUUGCUAUGCCUUUACUAUAAAAAUUUUUUCGAAUCGGAUAGUUUAUCAAGUUUCGGAAUAGUCAUUUGAAUCACGUAACACAAACAAUGGAAAUUCGACACUAGUUCUCCAGCAAGUGAUUAUUAUUCAUCCUAUCACUGUAAAUAUUCUCAGAAUUUCUCUCUAAUCAAUUAUUUUUAUCAGAAGAUUUAUUUUUAUGCUACUUAUAAAAUGAGUAAGAAAAAAUUAUAUGUAGCUCAUUCUAUGGAGGAGUUGAAAAAACUAUCAAAAAUCAACAUCAAAUCCAAUGUACCAUCAGUGUUACAACGUGAAAUGUCUUUAUUAAGAUGUCGAGCUAAUGAAGUUUGGGAACAUGAUGAAGAACGUGCCUAUGUAUUAUUUAUGAAAUAUUUUGAAUAUUAUGAAAAAUUAAAACGUGUAACAGGUAAUAAAUGCUCUACAAUGUUGAAAAAUGAAUUACUCUCUUCAAUUGAACGUACAGAAAUUUUACAUGAUAGUUUGAAAGCUAGAUAUGAAGAAUUAAAUCGUCAAAAUGUAUCGAAUGUAGAAAAAAACACUGAACUGGAACAACAAAAUCACAAACAACCAGAUAAAUCAUCCAAUCCAAUCAAUUCAUCUUGGAUACAAACAAAUGAAUUAGCAGGUCUUAUUAAAAAACAACAUAAUUUUUUACUGAUUGAUAUUCGUUUAAAAAAUGAAUUUGAACAAUGUCAUAUUGCAUUUGAUAAUAUUAUCAAUUUACCUUAUGAUUUUAUAAAACGUGGUACUACAGUUAAUGAUAUCUCUAUGUAUUUACAAAAGAAUAAUUUCUUUAAAAAACUUUGGGAUUGUCGAUCUAAAUUCGAUGGUAUAAUAUUAAUGGAUGAAAAUGGAUUCGAUUCUGAUCAAUGCGUUAUCAAUAAAAGUCAUCCGUUGCAAAUUCUUAAAGAUGCUAUUGUAAAGUGGGAUGCAGGACAAGCUAUUACUGUUGAACCGAGGAUACUGAUUAUGGGAAUGAAAGAUUUUCGCAUGCGUUAUCCUCCACUUCUUCUUAAAAAACUCCCAUCAUCUGAUCAAAGAGACUCUAAACAAUCAAACUUUAAACCUGAAGCUCCUACAUUCCAAUAUCCUGACUUGAAUAGCUGUGAAGAACCAUUACCUAUUGUUAAUCUGGCUGAUUUAUUAGCUUCUCAGAGUCAAGAUCCCACAUUAUCGUUUAAAAGUAUACAAAAUGGACUUGCCGUAGUGAAUAAUGGAACUAAUUCUGUAUUUAAACGUCCACUAGCACCUAAACCAUCCGCAUUCAAUAAUCGUGUACAAUAUACUCCUAAAAUGACAUCCAAUCACUCUUCAGAAAUAUCCCUUCACAACAUCAGACAAAUUAACUCUUCG